AUGGAAAUAAAAAAUAAUGCAACUUUGGAGUUUUCUCAAAAUGCACUGGGUGUUCAACAAACACAGGUUCAUUGCAUAGCAAUACAAUACUAUAAAAAUGGAUCUAAACAACAUCAUCAACAUCAUCAUACCUAUAUUGCCAGUUUGAUGGUAUCCACUUCUUUGGCCCACAGAUAUAGUUGUGCUGGUACUGUUUGUGGUUCUGGUCAAGUUUGCAAAUAUUCACAUGAACUCCAAAGACCAUAUUGCGUAUUGGAUGAUGAAUGUGCUAAUAUUUUAAUUGUUCACAACAAGACUGAGACCUGGGUUGAAGCAUCUGUCGAGUACUCCAAGUUUGUCGUCUAUGUCAUCAACUAUGGUAAUGUUGCCAUCAAGAACUUCUGGAUCGGUAGUGACGAUUGUACAUUGCAAUUCAGAAACAAUAAUCCAACUGUCAAUGGAGGUGAGCUCUGGUCCAUCCAAUUCGACUCUUUCCAUGAUGUCUUUACUCUUCCAACCUAUGUCACCUCUAUCCCAUGUUUUGGUUCACACUCUUUUGGUUACAUUAUCAAGGGUCAUACUACUCCAACCUUGAGAAUUCUUGGUGUUCAAACCUCUACAAGUAUUAGUACAACACCAGAAGAUUUAAAAUCAUUUCAACAAUGGUUAUCUAACAAAAACACAUAUCUUAACCCAUCAAUAGAUAUUGUUGAUUUGGGACCACCAUUUGGUCGUUCAAUGGUUGCAAAUACAAAUAUAAAGAAAGAUGAAAUAUUAGUUGAAAUACCAAAAGGAAUAAUGAUGACACCAAAGUCUAUGAUCAAGAAUCUACCUAGGUUUAUUAUUGAUUGGAUGGAUGAAAUGAAGAUAUCUAGAACUGAUCAGCAAGCAAUUGCAAUCAUUUACUCUAUUUUACACGAGGAUAGUUAUUGGUAUGAAUAUGUAUCGAUACUACCAAAACAAUUCACAACCACUGUCUAUUUCACGAGAGAAGAGAUGACUCAAUUACAAGCAUCUCCUGUUCAUAGAUUCACUGAAAUGAGAUUAAAUGGUGUACAUCGUCAUUAUGAUACAACUAUUUCACGUUUAAGAUUUGGAUAUGAAGGAGGAGAGGAUGACUCUACCAAGACAAAGACAAAAUCUCAACUAGAUGCAAUGAAAGAAUUUAAAGAUGAUAGAUAUACAUUGGAUCAAUUUAAAUGGGCUCUUGGAUGUGUAUGGAGUAGAGCAUUUAGUUUGAGUGAAGAGGAUGGUGGUAUGGUACCGUUGGCAGAUAUGUUUAAUGCAGAUACUGUCAUUUCACGUUCCAAAGUACAUCCAAAGAUAUCUGCAUCGUCACCUUCACUUGUAUACACUGCUUCACAAGAUAUAGAGGCCGGUGAACAAAUAUUCACACCAUAUGGUGUCUAUAAAACACUUGGUAGUGGUCAAAUGCUAAUGGAUUACGGGUUCAUCCAUGAGGAUGGGUCUAGUGCAGACUCGACCAUUGUCACCGUUGCACCCAUCCCUCCCUCUGAACCACUCUAUGAUCUCAAAAGACAUUUGAUGCAAUCAAAUGGAAUUGAAAGUGAAGAAUUCACAAUCACCAAGAACAAGUUGGCCAAAGAAUUAUUUCUAUUUGCCAGGAUCAAAAGUAUCAACAAAAAAGAAUCGGAUCAAGCAUCUGCACAUUUCAUGUCAACUCAAAGACACUCAAUGUUAAACCCAAGAAAUGAAAAGGCAGCUCUUAGAUUAUUAUCAAAUCUAAUAUCAAGACAUUUAGAUGCAUAUCAAACAACAAUAGAUCAAGAUAAUCAAAUUCUAAAGGAAAUUGAAAAAGACAAGACAAACACAAAUCAUUCUUCCGUCACUUUCAACACAAUCAAUGCCAUUAAACUAAGAUUAAUGGAAAAGAAUAUUUUAAAUUCAUUUUUAAAAUCUAUAAACUCUAUUAGAGAUAUUGGAGGUAAUUAA